UCACAUUUGGACAUGGAGACUCCGAGGGAGCCUGGUUUUGCGCCCAAUAAAGAGGGACUGAAGCAAAUAGCGGGGAAAACCCUGGGACACUUGUACAAAGUGUUAGAAAAGCGACAAAAACCCGGCGAGAACAUCGAACUGACCGAGGAUGGACGGCCUGCUCAGUCCAACGAGAAAAAGACACCUUUGUGCGACUGCACGUGCUUCGGACUCCCGCGCCGCUACAUCAUCGCCAUAAUGAGCGGCCUCGGGUUCUGCAUCUCCUUCGGUAUUCGGUGCAACCUAGGCGUGGCCAUAGUGAGCAUGGUGAACAACAGCACCAUUCACCUGAACGGGAAGAUCAUCAUCAAAGAGAAGGCAAAAUUCAACUGGGACCCGGAAACAGUUGGAAUGAUUCACGGCUCGUUUUUCUGGGGUUAUAUUGUGACGCAAAUCCCCGGAGGAUACAUCUCUUCUAGAUUGGCGGCAAACAGGGUUUUCGGCGCAGCCAUUCUCCUCACAUCCACGCUGAACAUGUUCAUCCCCUCGGCUGCACGUGUUCACUAUGGCUGCGUCAUAUUCGUCAGGAUAUUACAGGGGCUCGUGGAGGGUGUGACCUACCCAGCCUGUCAUGGGAUCUGGAGUAAGUGGGCUCCUCCACUGGAAAGAAGCCGCCUAGCCACAACCUCCUUCUGUGGUUCCUAUGCCGGAGCUGUCAUUGCCAUGCCUUUAGCGGGGAUCUUGGUGCAGUACACAGGCUGGUCAUCUGUUUUCUACGUCUAUGGCUGCUUUGGAAUUUUCUGGUACAUGUUCUGGAUCUUAGUGUCGUAUGAGAGCCCAGCUGAACAUCCCACCAUCACGGCCGAAGAACGCUGCUACAUUGAAGAGAGUAUCGGCGAGAGUGCUAAGCUGCUAGGUCCUGCAGAAAAAUUCAAGACACCUUGGAGGCAGUUUUUCACAUCCAUGCCUGUCUAUGCAAUCAUUGUUGCCAACUUCUGCAGGAGUUGGACUUUCUACCUGCUGCUCAUCAGCCAGCCUGCAUACUUUGAGGAGGUGUUUGGCUUUGAGAUUAGCAAGGUUGGCAUGCUGUCAGCCCUGCCCCAUCUGGUGAUGACCAUUAUCGUACCCAUUGGGGGACAGAUAGCCGAUUUCCUCCGUAGCAAAAACAUCCUGUCUACUACCACGGUUCGGAAAAUCAUGAACUGUGGAGGCUUUGGGAUGGAGGCCACUCUGUUGUUGGUGGUGGGUUACUCACAUAGUAAAGGAGUGGCCAUUUCGUUUCUUGUGUUGGCUGUCGGCUUCAGUGGGUUUGCAAUAUCAGGUUUCAAUGUCAAUCAUUUAGACAUUGCUCCUCGCUAUGCCAGUAUCCUCAUGGGAAUCUCUAAUGGAGUGGGAACACUGUCAGGAAUGGUGUGUCCUCUUAUAGUUGGAGCCAUGACCAAAAACAAGACCCGAGAAGAGUGGCAGUAUGUGUUUCUUAUCGCUUCCCUGGUGCAUUACGGCGGUGUAAUCUUCUAUGGCCUCUUCGCCUCGGGGGAGAAGCAGCCGUGGGCAGAUCCAGAACAGACCAGUGAAGAAAAGUGUGGCUUCAUUGACGAAGAUGAGCUGGCUGAGGAAACGGGGGACAUCACCCAGAGCUACGGUGCCCUGGGAGGUCCGGCCAAGACCUACGGUGCCACUACGCAGCUGAACGGCGGAUGGGCCGAAGGAUGGGAUAAACGAGAGGAGUACGUACAGGAAGGUGUGGAUGAAGGGGGUUAUGGAUACAGGAAGGGCGGGGGUUACUCCUAGACCUCACAAAUACACAGAAACAGACACACACACACGAUGAUACAUAAACAUUCAGUGGAGCAAAAAAGCAUUUGGAUGCACAACAUGGAAAUGUAUAAAUUCCAUUGCAUUAAAUAACAAAAUGCAAGUGCAAUCUGCAACACAUCUGCGACUUGUCUUUGUGCUUUUCUUUAGUGGGUAUAUGAAGUGUCUUCAUUUUGAAAUGAAAAAAUAUAUGUAUGUAGCUAUACAUUAAAUAGAUAUAAAAUAAUAUAUAUAUGAUAUAUCGUUAUAUAAUCUAAUAUAGCAUAACUUGUUUUUGUAAAACGUUUCGCUUU